AUGUUAGUGAAGACCGACUUGUUAUUGAUUCUUCAAUUUCUUGUUAUUUUGAGCUCUUCCUAUCCAUGUACCUCUUCGUGUGUUAAAUGUGUUUCAGGGGAGUGUGAGGAGUGUGAUUCAACGAAAGGAUUUUAUCCUUCGUGUACCUCCUGUCUACCCAAGUAUUAUCUUUCAGGGAUCUAUUGUGAGCGAGUCAUAGAAACUCCUCUCACAUGUCAGACCUUUUUAACGGAAAAGCCGUCGUAUUAUGUGAUACACUCGUUACUGACUCUUACAUACCCCAAAGAGACUUAUUUUGUGAAUAACCCCUGUGCGUCACAAUUGCCACUGAACUCGCAAAACACAAAAGGAUACUUCUUUAAAAUUCACACGAAAAAUGCGAUCUACACAUUCUCGUCAACUAAAAGUACACACAUCGUGCUCCAAGAAUCGUGUGAAAAGUGUUUACACUCAUUCUAUUUGGGGUACACCACCUUCUCGUUGAAACUGAAGGAGCAGGACUAUGUCCUCUUCAUGUAUGGAACAGAUAGCGUGCUCUUAACUAUUAAAGAAAGUUCACUUGACGAAAUAUCCACCGACCAAACUACGAGGAGCAUGACUGAAACAUUCGAGAAUUAUUACGGAGAUAACGCCUGCUUGAACGAAUUGGUUGGAGGAAGGUGGUAUAAAGUCAAUACAAACAACUCCAAUUUUUACACGUUAUCUACUGGUGGGCCAAAUAGUCUGAUCGCGUUACAGAACGCUAAUAAAGAGUGUGUCGAUGUAGCAAGUGGUGCUACUUCCGCUCAAGUUGUAUUGCAGAUUUUGGGAACAUUGUAUGUUUUUUCAACAUCGCCUUUUUCUGUUCAAAUCUCGUGUGCGUAUUGUUCUCCCGGUGUGUGUUCAACUUCAAAAGGGCAGUGUGUAUGUGAAGGAAAUUAUGUAUAUCGAGAUGGUAACUGUUCGUUGUGUGGAAAUGGUCAAAUCGACAGUGGAGAGGAGUGUGAAAAUACAACGGGGUGUGGGAGUGAUUGCAAGUGUUUGCCGGAUUACACGAGUUCUGACUUUAAGUGUUACAAAGUGUUAUGUGGGAAUGAUCGGAUUGAUAUUGGUGAGGAGUGUGAUGGAGGUCAAGGGUGUAAAGACUGUAAAUGUCUUCCGAAUUAUCGAGUCAAACGUGGGAAAGGGUGUGAGUAUCGAUACACAGUAUUGUUUAUAUAUUUAGCCGUUUUUGUUUUUGUGUAUGUAUUGUUAUACACCAUUCUCUUUAUUGUGAUCUAUUCGAAGACAAAAGUGAUGCGGAUGUUAUUUAAAGUGAAUGACAUGUCCUUUGUAGGAUCAGUAGUACCAUUUGAGAAGAAAGGAAAGGUGUAUGUCAACUUAGAUAUGUUGCACAAUUACGUUUCAUUCAACCCUAAAAGUAUAGUGUUUAACGACUCGACAAAGCGUCCCGAAGUUGAUGAAGUUGAGUUUUCGAAGAUCUGUAUUACGAAUUGUAGGAAAGAGAGUAUGACAUUUAUUUUACAUGGUCGGGAGGAGUACAAAUAUGAAUUAGUUUUUGAUCCAUAUAUGGGGAGUUUAAAAGGGGGACAGACUAUCACGGUUAGGGUUAAGGUCUUAAUUCGAUGCACAACUAUAAUUAAAGACAAGAAGAUCCCAGUGACUCUUGAAUGGGCCAAUUGGAAGAAUGUGCGGAGGUCUAUGGAUCACGAGGACUUAUUUGUGAGGCAGACGGAGCCAACAGAGGAUGAGGGGAUCUCGUCUUCUUCGGACGAUGAAAUAAAGGUGUCGCAUGCCACACAGAUAUACAGCUAUCUUUUGCUGAACGCAGAGAGUGAAGUGUCAACGCGACUUGAUUAUGAGGAAGUUCAUUUAGAGCAACCCCCCGUCGGAGCAGGGACGUUUGGGAUAGUGUAUCGGGCCAAGUGGCGAAAGGUCGAAAUAGCAGUGAAAGUGUUAAAGACUGACAUGGUAGACUUAAAGGACUUGAUGCCAAAUUUCGAACAAGAAGCUCAAUUGAUGGAGAGAUUGAGGUGCCAAAAUAUUGUGAAUUUCAUCGGGACAAUCGUGACACCGGACACCUUGUGCAUCGUCACCGAGUUCUGUAAUUUGGGGAGUUUGCGACGAUUCAUUAAAUUGAAUAAAAUCAGUACACUCAUGAAAGUCCGAUUUUGUCAAGACAUUGCACUAGGAAUGGGCUAUUUGCAUCAAAACGAUAUCGUUCACCACGACUUGAAAACAGACAACGUGUUGGUCUAUUCGAAAAAUCCGUAUGACCCUGUUGUCUGUAAGGUCAGUGAUUUUGGAACGUCGCAAGCCUUCAUAGAGUCGUCGAACACUAUUACCAUUCGAGAUAUCGGUACUCCGCUGUAUAUGGCUCCUGAAGUCCACAAAACAGGGAAGUUGACCUUGAAAAGUGACGUGUUUUCAUUUGCGAUAUGUAUGUUAGAGAUAUGGUUAACACGAGACCCAUAUCCUAUUAUUGAAUUUAGAGACGGCGAUUCAGUACUGAACUUUGUAUGUAGUGGGAAGCGUGUGGGGAUACCCCGAGAAUGCGUGUACAGAGAUAUCAUCAAGAUGUGUUGGCACCAAAAGCCAGAGAAGCGGCCGGUCUUUUCGAAGAUCAUCGAGUGGUUAGCGCCGAUGGUGCAAGAGCUCUCUGCGAAGAAGAAGGAAGUGAAAACACAAGGGAAGAGUCCUAAGACGCGGACGCCAUUGAUGAGUCAAAGUCCGAAGAUGAAGAAGAAGGUGUGUGUGAAUCAGACCCGAACACGGAGAGUCUAUUCUGGGAAUAAAAAUAACAUCGAGAACAUCUCCGAUGCGUUGGUGUCACCGAAGAGCUUCGAUGUGAACAGAAGUACAUCAGCAAAGACUGACGAAGAGAAUAUGAAACAGGGGAAAGGGGUAACUCUUGAUAUCAAAUUGCCACGAAAGAAUGUCAAUAUAAUUGAGAAAACGCGACUUGGUGGCGAUUCGGUGACUACACCCGUCACCUCGACCAAGUCGUCGGAAGAACCAACACGACAAACAAGUUUAGUGAAUGACGCAGAAUAUCAUAAGAUCCUCCUUAACGACUUUUCAAAGGAAAUGCAUCUUGAUAAAAGCUUUGUGAAGAAAGAAGAAGAAGAAAUUGAGAGUGAGACCAUGUCGUCUGGAGAGGAAGACACUCCAGAGGAAACUUUGAAACCAUUUCAAACUGCGGAAGAUGAUUCAGUCGAGAAAUAUGAAAGCACCGAAGAUGUCUCAGAAGAACAUCGACAAGGAGGGUCAAAUGAUUGGGAUAGAAGAGAUGGCCAAUACUUCGAUUAUUUGGACCCCCAUAGACUCUGUAAGAGAGAGGUGACUUUGCGAAGAAAUGUGACUAUGAUCAACUUCCAUCAACGAAUCGAUUAUCAUGCCAAUCCAAAGAAGAACACUUUCUAUAAGAAGUAA